AUGAAGAUUGCUAUUGAAGGUUGUAUGCAUGGAGAUCUUGACAAUGUGUACAAAACAAUUCAACAUCAUGAACAGAUUCACAACACCAAAGUCGAUCURCUCCUCUGUUGCGGCGAUUUCCAGGCUGUCAGAAAUGAGAAAGACAUGGAUAGCCUUAACGUACCUAUGAAAUACAAAGAUAUGAAAUCCUUCUGGAAAUACUACUCCGGCCAAGAAGUUGCCCCGAUUCCAACGAUCUUCAUCGGUGGGAAUCACGAGGCUUCCAAUUACUUGUGGGAAUUGUAUUAUGGAGGAUGGGCUGCCACCAAUAUUUACUUUCUUGGUUAUGCCGGGGUUGUGAGGUUCGGUAAUCUACGAAUUGGAGGUCUUUCGGGUAUUUACAAUGAGCGACAUUACCGCUCAGGACACUUUGAGCGGCCGCCAUAUAACGAAAGCACCAUUAGAUCGGUCUAUCAUGUUCGUGAGUAUGAUGUCCAGAAGUUGAUGCAAKUUGAAGAGCCGCUUGAUAUAUUUCUUUCACAUGAUUGGCCUGUUGGAAUCACUGAUUAUGGAGACUCAAAAUCACUUAUGAAGCAAAAACCAUACUUCCGUCAAGAGAUUGAGGCGAGAACUCUUGGAAGUAAACCUGCGGCUCUACUGCUAGAAAAACUGAAGCCUCGGUWUUGGUUUUCAGCUCACUUACACUGCAAAUUUGCUGCUUCUYUUCAACARGGYAARGAUGGCUCAGUGACAAAGUUUCUUGCCCUCGAUAAAUGCCUUCCAGGGAGAAAGUUUCUACAGAUUAUUGAAAUCGAAUCAGAGCCUGGYCCUUUUGAGAUCCUAUARGAUGAAGAGUGGCUAGCAAUAACAAGAAAGUUCAAUUCUAGUUUCCCGCUAACAAGCAGAUAUGCAAAUUUCAGCGCUGCUGUAAUGGAUAUACAAGAGAGCCGCGAGUGGGUGAGGAAGAAGCUAGAAGAAAGGCAAUUUAAACCUUUUGACUUUACAAGGACAGUCCCUGCAUAUAACCCCUCACAACGUAUCUUUGAUUCCAUACCUGAGAUCCCGCAGAAUCCCCAGACACUGUCUUUGUUAGAGCUCCUUGGUCUCCCAUACCUCCUUGAUUCAUCACCGGUAACAGGAGGAAGAAACGAGAUCCCUGCUUCACUGACUCCAUCAGGUUUUUCGACAUAUGAUAGGGAAGAAAUACCUAUCGAUGACAUUGAUGAAUUAGAAGAGAUCGAGGAAGCAAAAAUGGAGGACCCUACAAGAGAUGAGGUAUGA